AUAGAAUCGGCCGAUCUCGAGUUGUUGUGAGUAACACUUCUCUCCUCUAACUCUGGUUUUUUUUUUUGGUAUUUAUUUCUUUUGUUUUACUAAACUUCUUUUUUUUUUAUUAAAAAAAAAACAAAUAUUGCUAAAGGUAAAAACUUUACACUGAUAUUUUUCAAUUUUAACGCAAUAACAUAUAAUUUCUCUAACAAUAUUAAUAAUAAAUUGAUAAUAUAUGAUAUAUAUAUAUAUAUGUACUGUAUAUAUUGUAUAUAUAUAUAUAUAUAUAUAUAUAUAUAUAUAUAUAUGUUGUAUUGUUAAUGAACAAUGUUUUAAAUAUUGACUAAUGUUCAGCUUUAAUACAAAUCUAUUAAACAAGAGUAUUAUACAAUUGGAAGCAUAAAAAAAAUAGAAAAAAUACCCGAAAAAGCGUCAAUUCUAAUAAUAUAAAUAAUCCUGUUUUUUUACUUGGUCAUUAGAUAAAAUAUUAGUAGGAUUUAAAAUAAUAAUACUAUAGAAAAAAAGAAUUUAGACGCUUUGCAUCUCUCGUAUUUGUUAGCGUUACUUAUAUAUAUAUGCAUUAAAUUUAUUGUUUUGUUGUUUUAUCGACAAAUCUGAAAAUUUUGGUUGGGGAAGGUUGAUUAUAUUUAUUUAACCAUAUACUGUAUAGGCUAUUUGAUUACACCAUAUUAGCAAUAAUACCAAGCCAAUUUGUUAAAAGUUAUGUUUCAUUAAUAAUGAAAAUAUAUAUAUGGUUGGUAAUUGGGCCUUUUAAGCCCUCGAAGGUUAGAUUGGUGAACCGUAUAGGACGAUAUUUCUUAUUUAUUAGUAGAAAAGGAUCUAGACAGAGGACAAGAUAGUGGAAAUUUGGUCUAAUUUUACAGUUGAGUCACAUACCUUACUGGCGGAAAAAAGUGCCAUACGAUUCGCCGCCCUCAAGAUUAAUCGUCUUAUAAGAAAAUCGCGUGUAUUAUUAGACGCCGAAAGUUUGUCCAAGUGGGCCUAUAAAACGCACCGAAUCGAUAAAGCGCCAAGUUUGUCAGCUGCUACCAAGCUAGUGUUUUUUACUAGCUCUAGGUCACAUAUGCGUUUAGAAUAGGCGAGUUUGAAAUUAAUUGAUGUGGAUGCGAGCUUUAUUUAUUAUCAACUACUUAGGAAUUUUAUAAAGAGUGAAGUGUCUAACGUCAAGGGAGGUUAUUAGGCUUUACAUAUUUAGUCUUAUCCACAGCUCUCUCCCUUUACUCUUAUUUUCGAUUUAUCUAGUUUGUCCAAAAUCUACAUGUCAAAUGGUGUUUUUCAAUAAAUUAUACUAAUAAAGAAUAAAUAUACAGGUCUGGGAUAUGAUGACCUUGGUUUAAACAUCUAGCAUGAAUAACUUUACAAGCAAGGUGACUUCUUUAAGUAUUAAAGGAUGGAAAGACUUUUCGUCGGUCUUUACCGAACAAAAAACAACUUUGGCAAGCGUCGACUCGGGACCAUCCGAAGGCAGUUCACUUUUAGAGGGGAAAAAGAAGGUUCAAAAUAAAUUCUCCUCUAAUAAAAAUAACAAAAACGAAGAUCCUGGACAAGUUCAACCUUUGCUUGAUAGUUCCCCCGAUAAAGAAUGGGAAGAUAGACCAACAUGGAAUGGACUUGAAAGGGAAUUUAAAGCAGAUUUGGGCGUUGAUAACAAUAUUGAGCAUGAGAGUCGAGCGAAAGACCCCCUAGAAGAACAACUAAAAGACGAUAAAAAACCAAAGCAUAGAGAUGCAAUGAAUUUGAUUGAUUUUACCCAGUAGUGGAUAGUUUAUUAAAAAUAACGUAUAGAAAUAACAAAAGAUAAGAAAUAUACUAUUAUAAUCUCUCUCUUUUUUUACCUCUCUCUCUCUCUCUCUCUCUGUGUCUUUCUCUCUCUUUCAUUCUCUCUUCAUUUUGAAUAUUUCCAUAUAUUUUUUUUUAUUAAACAAAAGGAAAAGUUCAAAUUUUCUUGCAAGAGGAAAUAAAUUUAAAUAUAUUUUCUAAAAGGCCUACAAGAUGUAAAAUAUCAGUCCUAUACUUGAUAAUAGUUUUCCAAAUGUUAAUUAUAUUAUACUUUUUAAAACGGAAAAGAAAAUAACGAGAAAGAUUCUGAAUGUGAACUUUAUUUUUGCCGAUGUUAU